AUGACCAACGAGUAUCGCGCAACGAUGGUGAAACUACGUGUAUCUCCUGUAUUAAUAUUGUUCGCAAUUUGCGGUGUCAACUUGGUGGAACCAUUAGUAAAGGAAAGCUUGUCCAAAUUUUUAGGGUCCUUGGCGGGCGUUAAACAAGUGAGGAUUCCGGAAUUGUUAAACCAAUUGUGCAAUGAAUCGCAAGGCUCAGAUACAGUUCGUCGAGAUGCGUGUUACGGAUGCUUCUUCCGGGCCUCUAGUCAAACCGUUGGAUAUCCUUUAUUGGUGGCAAUGUCUAAUUGUGCUUAUAUUUAUCUCAAUAAUACCGAUUAUGGUCACUGUCAACAAUACUUGAGCAACGCUACUGGUACAGCAAAUUCAAGAACGAAUCCUACGACGAUAUACUGCACGUUCCUCGAGUGCGUUCGACAAGUGAACAAGGAUAAUUUAGAAGCACGAAUCAAACUGAGAACGUCACCAAGCUUCAAGAUGAUUUCCAGACGAGUGCCAUUAUUUUAUUUACAAUUAUACAAAAAAUUAUCGAAAGCUGUUUGCGUCAUCCGAGAACAGAAUUCAGAUUCGAACACCGUGAGGCCUGGAGCGGAACCUAUCGAUCCGAGACAGCAAAAAAUUAAAUCACAAAAAUUUAUUAUUUCAGAGCAAUCAAAUUGUACAUAGAAACCUAUAGUGAAAAUUUUGUACAUAUCAUCCGACUUUUCAAAACGUCUACACAACGAAAUCUAGUAAGUAGACGUAUCCAAUUCUGUACAUAUGCGCAUUACAAUUUCAUAAUACGUGCAUCCGCUUUAUACAAGGAUUGCAUUCGGCUUUAAAGACCACUGCUGUAAAUAUAGCAACGCUUCAAUUUCAAUCCACGAAGAAGUCAAAUUUUUCGCCAAAAAAUUUGCAAAGAGACCUCGUUAUCGCGAGAAAUUGAUCUCUAACAGAUAACCACAAACGUUCUGCACAGCUCAGAGAAUGCGUCGGCGAAGCCAUACGAAUGUUCCCCAAUUUCAACCUCACAGAUGUCAAACUAGCUCAAUUAUAC